CUAGCGCGCAAAAGCCUCCGCAGAAGAUUUCAAACAGCCAGGAACUUGGAUUUUAAAAACGGUCAAAAAUUAUUCUCUUGUCUCGAUUAUUUUCGUUUGACAAAAGUCAAGACAUCUGUACAUCAUUGUUAACACUUUGUGUAAAUACUGAGGGAUAUAACUCGCCCAAAAUCGAGUAUUCAGAAGUUAGGAUUUGACGUCGCUUGGAUUGUUCAGAGUGAGGCUGAGGCAAUGAGCAGCUUGAAUCCUGCAAGAAGAGAAAGAACACACAAACUUCAUGAAUGUGAUGUUUGUAAGAAGAGAUUUUCACGUGGUAGUAGUUUGGUUAGACAUCAAAGAACUCACACUGGAGAGAAACCUUAUGAAUGUGAUGUUUGUAAGACAAGAUUUUCACAGGGUAGUCAUUUGGUUAGACAUCAAAGAACACAUACAGGAGAGAAACCUUAUGAAUGUGAUGUUUGUAAGACAAGAUUUUCACAGGGUAGUCAUUUCGUUAGUCAUAAAAAAACACACACAGGAGAGAAACCUUAUGAAUGUGAUGUUUGUAAGAAGAGAUUUUCACAUGGUAGUAGUUUGGUUACACAUCAAAGAACACAUACUGGAGAGAAACCUUAUGAAUGUGAUGUUUGUAAGCAGAGAUUUUCACAUCGUAGUAGUUUGGUCAGUCAUCAAAAAACACACACUGGGGAGAAACCUUAUGAAUGUGAUGUUUGUAAUAAGAGAUUUUCACGUGGUAGUGAUUUGGUUAGUCAUCAAAGAAUACACACUGGAGAGAAACCUUAUGAAUGUGAUGUUUGUAAUAAGAGAUUUUCACAGGGUAGUGAUUUGGUUAGUCAUCAAAGAACACACAUUGGAGAGAAACCUUAUGAAUGUGAUGUUUGUAAGAAGAAAUUUUCACAGGGUAGCAAUUUGGUUAGACAUCAAAGAACACACAGAGGAGAGAAACCUUAUGAAUGUGAUGUUUGUAAGAAGAAAUUUUCACAGGGUAGCAAUUUGGUUAGUCAUCAAAGAACUCACACUGGAGAGAAACCUUAUGAAUGUGAUGUUUGUAAGAAGAGAUUUUCACAGGGUAGUCAUUUGUUUAAUCAUCAAAGAACACACAUAAGAGAGAAAUCCUAUGAAUGUAAUGUUUGUAAGAAGAGAUUUUCAUUUGGUAGUCAAUUAGUUAGACAUCAAAGAACACACACUGGAGAGAAACCUUAUGAAUGUGAUGUUUGUAAGAGGCAAUUUACACUGAAAGGUAAUUUGGUUAGUCAUCAAAGAACACACACUGGAGAGAAACCUUAUGAAUGUGAUGUUUGUAAUAAGAGAUUUUCUCAUGGUAGUUAUUUGGUUAGUCAUCAAAGAACGCAUACUGGAGAGAAACCUUAUGAAUGUGAUGUUUGUAAGAAGAGAUUUUCAUGUGGUAGUAAUUUGAUUAGUCAUCAAAGAACACACACGGGAGAGAAACCUUAUGAAUGUGAUGUUUGUAAGACAAGAUUUUCACAGGGCAGUCAUUUAAUCAAUCAUCAAAAAACACACACUGGAGAGAAACCUUAUGAAUGUGAUGUUUGUAAGAAGAGAUUUUCACACGGUAGUAAUUUGCUUACACAUCAAAGAACACACACUGGAGAGAAACCUUAUGAAUGUUAUGUUUGUAAGAAGAGAUUUUCACAUGGUAGUAGUUUUAAUAGUCAUCAAAGAACACACACUGGAGAGAAACCUUAUGAAUGUGAUGUUUGUGAAAAGAGAUUUUCACGGGGUAGUCAUUUGGUUAGUCAUCAAAGAACACACACUGGAGAGAAACCUUAUGAAUGUGAUGUUUGUAAGAAGAGAUUUUCACAGGGUAGCACUUUGGUUAGACAUCAAAGAACACACACUAGAGAGAAACCUUAUGAAUGUGAUGUUUGUAAGAAGAGAUUUUCACGGGGUAGUCAUUUAGUUAGUCAUCAAAGAACCCACAUAAGAGAGAAAUCCUAGGAACAUAAUGUGUGUUCAAAUAAGGAAAAUAGAUUAGGAAUUUGGAUGUUUGAAAGCUGAGAUUCUCCAAAUAGCACAACCUAAAAAGCAUAAAAAAUCCAUUUAAUUUGUGAAUCUUGUCAUGAGUGAAAUCCAAGAGCAAUAACCUUACCAGUAUGCAUUCACUUUGAAACAUUUUUGCUGAGCAAUAUGGUAGCAUUAACAACUAUCAACAUAAAAUUAGCUUUAGCAAUGGUUUUUUUGAUAUAUUUUUGCUCCUAUGACAGGAUUAAGUAGAAGCAUCCGAACAGUUUUUUUAAGUUACCUUAAGGUGGCUCCCUGCAGUUUCUUGAAUUUGUCAAAUGCACAUUUUAAACAAAGAUAUAUGAAUCAUCCAAAUGUUUGCCUAAAAGACUACAAUUGAAUGUGUCUUUCAGGAAACAAACCAAGAGCCAAUGACAAUCCCAGCCCAAACGCGGAAAUCCUGAUGUUUGAUUGGCCACGCAAAACUAAUGAGAGCCAAUCAAACUUCGUGUUAGCCUCAUGUAUGCCUACUUGAUGCGUUAUCCUGUAUUUCGUUGAUUGGUGUCUUAAUACAAUACCAGACGCAUUGACACAUGAAAUAAAUUGAAAACCGUACUUGGUAUAAACUGUAGUCUACCAACAAAUGCGUUAAAUCCGUCCAGUUGAUAGUCCAGUGUGAAAUAUAGGUCAGUGUUGGAAAAAAACAGCGGAUUCCGUAAUCACUUUCAUUAUACUCUAGCGCGCAACGUGAAGAGGAUUUCAAACAGAAAAAAAUUUGGAUUUUUAAUCAAACUAAAAAAAGUCAAAACUUAUUUUCUUCUCUCGAUUAUUUCUGUUUGAAGAAAGCCAAAACAUCUCUAGAUAAGUAUUAACACUUUGUGUAAAUACUGAGGGAUAAAACUCGUCCAAAAUCUAGUAUUCAGAACUUAGGAUUUGACGUCGCUUGAAUUAUGCAGAGUGAGACUGAGGCAAUGAGCAGCUUGAAUCCUGCAAGAAGAGAAAGAACACACAAACUUCAUGAAUGUGAUGUUUGUAAAGAGAAAUUUUCAUAUGGGAGUGAAUUAGUUAUACAU